AUACACCAUAUACCAUACACCGUACAAUAUAUGAUACUUAAUUAGCAUACGCGUUUCAGUUCAGUUCAGUUCUGUUUCGGUUCGGUUUGACGUUCUCUGUGUGCGUUGUAGUCGUCGUCAGGUUGGUCGGUCGUUUAGUCGUUUCAACUGUCUCGUCUCCCCGCAUUUGCGUUUGGUGUCACUGUCAAAUUGAAUAUACUUGCACAUUCUUUUUGUUUCGGUAUUCCCGUACAGUACAAAGUAUCAUAAAAAUUCGUAGCAACGAAAAAUAAAAAAAAAUAAUAAAAAUAAAGACGACUAUCAAAAUGCUGGACCCCAUCUCGGACACCCCUUUGGUCUUGGCGUAUGCAUUCAUGUCGCUGCUGGUGCUCAUUCUGUGCUUCAUAUUGGUCAAUGUGAUCCAUAAGCUGUAUCGCAGCAUCAACAGCGUUCCCAUAUCGAGUCCGAUUUCUACACACCAGCUGAAGACCUCCAUAGCGGAGAUAGACCCACUGAAAACCGGUUAAGGAGGCGCAGCAGCGCAGCUGCUGGCGGCUUGACUACACUACACUACACAUAGAGCGAGCGCGGUGCGGCGCGGGAGAAUCUCAGAAAAGCCCGAAGACGACAACAGAAUGCUCGGGAGUCGGACAGCUGCUGGCGGUACACCCACACCCACACCCACACCCACACCAACGUACCACCGCACAAACUUACACAAACAAAAUCAAAACUACUCGUAAAUGUAUCCUGAUAUAAACUAAAGCAAUUAGACCUAAACUUACACUUACACUAGCCAUAAGCCACUGCCCUCCUCCCUCACCAGUGAACUGGGAGGGGGCAGUCUCUAGUCACAUAAACGUUCGUAAUGCCCUAAGGUUAGGUUACAUAUCCAUUAUAAUGUACAUAAAUAAACGACUUGAGCAUUGAGCAAGCAGCAAUUAAGAUCGCCAGCCAAGUGCAGAGUAAUUGGGC